AUGGCUGACGCGUUGUGGAGAAGCUUCGCGGAGGUUGUUGCUGUUCGUGGUGGCUGGAAGAGGUGCUGCGAUGAAUUGAACUUUAUUGUUGCUACUUUUGACACUUAUUUCAUAAUACGAAUAUACACUAUUCCAUUGGUGCUUCCAUUGACGCCAAUGGCUGAGAACACAAGGCUGAAAGAUUUGCAAAAUCAAGUUACAACUCAAGGUGAACAACUGCGUCGAUUGAUGAAUUUGAUUGAACUGCGGGAUCAAGCACAACACGACCGUGAUAUCACUCAACAACAGGUGGCGCCGCGGUUGCAGAAUAGCACCCAGGAACGCAUGGAGCAGAUGCAGAAAUCCAUUGAUUUAUUCGUUCAUAAUCAUUCUCAGCCCCUUGGUGUUACGAACUCCCCUAGGGAUUCCUCAUUGCCUAUGAAGAAUAUCUCCUUAGGGUUUCCACAUUUUGAUGGAACCACGCCAAUCCUGGAAUGGAUUUUUAAAGCUGAGAAGUUUUUCAGCUACCACAACACUCUAGACGCUGUUCGCGUGGAUAUCAAUGAGCUUACUACAACGUUGGAAUCUCAGUUUGGUCCUUCAAUGUUUGAUUUCCCAGCUCAAGAACUAUUCAAACUGCAACAAUCUGGUACGGUUUCCGACUAUUAUCUACGUUUCAUGGAAUUGGCCAAUCAUUCAUCUGGACUCUCUGCUGUAGCAUUAUUACAAUGUUUUAUAAGCGGCCUUAAUAACGAUAUUCGCUGCGAUGUUAUUGUCCAAUUUCAUGCGACCAUCCUACGAGUAGUCUUCUUAGCCAAGUUAUAUGAGGAGAAAUAUGCACCUCCCGGCUCCACCCGGUGUUGUACUCCUACUAAAAAAUAUUCACAAAUUUCCUUUAGUAGUACUAGCAUGACUUCGGGGAAACAAAAUGCAUCAACCACUUCCUUGCCGCCCUUGUUGCCUACACCCUCCACACCUCCUAUUCGACAUAAUACUGUUAAGAAGAUGACUCCUGCCGAGAUGCAACUGCAUCGGGAAAAAUGCUUGUAUUAUUUCUGUGACAAGAAGUUCACUUUCAAUCAUAAAUGUCCUAAUCGCCAAUUGUUGUUGUUACAAAUAGAAGAGGAUGAUCUAGACCCUGACUUGCUCACUUCAAAGGAAUCCACAACAUGCGUUCCCAAUAGUAAUAUCGUUCCUGCAAGUGAUCCCCAUUUAUCCUUAAAUACCUUAAAGGGGGGCCUUGGCGUUGGCACUAUCCGUUUUGAGGCUUUUAUUAACCAGUUACCCAGUAGAGUUUUAGUGGAUGGUGGGAGUUCCAACAUCUUUAUUAAACCACACAUCGCCAAGUUUUUAAAGUUACCAGUUGAACCAGUUUCCACGUUUCGUGUUAUGGUGGGUAAUGGGACUUAUUUAGCGGUCGAAGGAGUUAAUUUAAUUUUAGGAGCUCGUUGGUUAAAGACUAUUGGACCUCACCUGCCCAAUUAUGAGUUUUUGCAACUGCAAUUUUUAGAUCAAGGGAAAUUUAUUACCUUACAGGGUGAUGUUGAUACAUUCCCUCCACCUGCACAACUUCAUCAUAUUCGUCGCAUGCUUCAUACUAAUUCUAUAGUAGAAAUUUUUUGUAUGGAACUCGUGGCACCUGGCUCUCCUCCACAUUCCUUGUUGGAUUUGCCUCCUAAGAUGGCUCUUGAGUUAGCUUCCUUACUACAGGAUUAUGCUUUAGUUUUUAGUACACCUACUUCCUUGCCUCCUUCCCGAACGCAUGACUACACCAUUCCCCUGGUCGAAGGUUCUGCUCCUGUCAAGGUGAAAGCAUAUCGCUUUCCUCACAGUCAAAAGGAGGAAAUUGAGCGCUUAAUUCAGAGCAUACACUGGAGAGGAGGUCAUGAACAUUAUGGAGUUGGUCAUCCAAGUCUUGAAACCUUGUUGUGUAGUACAUGUGAUGUGCAUUUUGUGCCAUGUGGAGGUGUUGAAGUUGAUUGA